GCAGGGCUGCGGAGCAGGGGCACUGCCUGCCCCAGCCCAGCCCAGCCCCGGCAGGUCCUGGCAGGGCUGCGGAGCAGGGGCACUGCCUGCCCCAGCCCAGCCCAGCCCCGGCAGGUCCUGGCAGGGCUCGAGGCCGGCUCUGCAGUGCCCAGAGGAUCAGGUGGUUGCGGAGCCGGGCGCAGCCGUACGAUGCAGCUGAGACAAGCACAGCCCCCGGCAGCCUCUGGAGCUGCUCUCCAGAACAAGGCGACCUCUAAGCUCCAAUCCAUCACAGAAACGAUGUGCUGAUACUGCAGGACACCACGGCAACAAUGGAAUACCAGAUAUUGAAUACAUCUACCUGUCUGCUGGUCCUUCUGGUUUUCAUACCCACUGGUUUGGGUAUCUGUCCUUCUAGCUGUAAGUGCUCAGGAAACGACAGGAACGUGGACUGUUCAGGCAGAAACUUAACUGUACUGCCCCAGGGACUUCAAGACAACCUUACAUAUUUAAAUCUGUCCUUUAACCAGUUUGUAGAUCUCGAUCAUCAGCUAACGAGGUUCACCAAUCUGAGGACCCUUGAUAUUUCAAAUAAUUGGCUCAAGAAUGUUCCUGCUCACCUGCCCAAGUCCUUAUGGGAAUUAUAUGCCACAAACAACAACAUUAAAGUUCUUCAGAAACUUGACACAGCUUACCAGUGGAAUCUUAGAGUGCUCGAUGUUUCCAGGAAUAUGGUAGAGAGAGCUGUCCUGAUCAACAACACACUGAGCAGUCUCAAGUUUCUCAACCUCAGCAGCAACAAACUUUGGACAGUUCCAACCAAUAUGCCCUACAACAUAGAGACAGUGGAUCUAUCCAGUAACUUCUUGUCCCAGAUACUCCCAGGAACACUGGUGAGACUGCAGCACCUCACAAGCCUCUACCUGCACAACAACAAGUUCUCAUACAUUCCUGACAAAGCCUUCGACCAGCUGUCCCAGCUGCAGGUUAUAACUCUGUACAACAACCCCUGGUCCUGCGGCGAUCACCAAAACAUCCCCUACGUGCUGCAGUGGGUGCAGGGCACAGCUGCCCGUGUGCUGGGGGCCCCCUGUGCUGAGCAGCCCUGGCCCAGCACCGUGCCAGCCCCCGCCUGGCCCACGGCCCUGGACUCCAGCCCCAUGCUCAGAGGCACCAAGGCAGCGGACAGGGAGGCGUCUGCGCCCACCAAAGCCACCAAAACGCACAAACAAUUUAAAGCCAAGGAAACCCCUGCCCUGGGGACCCAAAGGCCAGAGCGGCCCCUGCCGCGCUCCCCCGCCGGGCCCCAGGAGGCCGCGGCCACGCGCACAGUCCUGGUCCAGGGCUCCACCGAGGGCAACGCCAGCCUGGGCCCUGCCACCGCCUCCUCCACCACUCCCAUGACUUUAAGCAUCACCAGUGGAAUGCCAACAAACUACUCCAAGAUGCCUCAAAGCACAACCGCUACCUUCAGGCGGGAGGAGGCCACGCCGAGCGCCCCGGACGCGCGCGCGCCCUCCCGCGCCGGCCGCUGGCACGCGGGGCUGCUCUGGCUGGCGCUGCUGCACGCCGUGGCCCUGGCCAUGGACUGAGGCCUGGCACCCCACGGAAAUCACUGAGGUUAUUCCUGUGAUAACAGCUGGACAUAACACGUCCAGCUGAAAUAAUGAAUGAAAGAAAUUCAAAGUCCUGACUCUGAUCUAAAGAAAGUAACAGUUCUUAAAGACGCGCACACUAAUGUCUUGAUACUAAGCUGCUACUUAUUUUCAUAUGUCUUAAUUGAGUACAACAACUAAUCUAUUAUUUUGUUUUUAAAAAUGUGCUUAUUUUGUAUUUAAAUUUUUCAUUUUACUUGCACAGAAUAAACAUAUCAGAAUUUUAAGUACUGGUUUUAUGUAUGAUUUUGUCAUUGAACAACUGGAAAAAACAGAAGGCCUGUAUCAUAUCUGCAUUGUCUUGCUUGACCUGCCAGUGAGCAAUUCCUGUAAUAUAGCAGCACAGAUUCUUUGUAAGUUAUGAUGACAUGCAAAAGAAAGGGGAAAAAUAAAGGAACUAAACUGAA